AUGGCACCUUACGAGCUACUAUACGGGAGGAAAUGUAGGACUCCCGUAUGUUGGGGUGAAGUAGGACAAAGAGAACUUGCACCAAGUGAUUUAAUAGCAGUAACGAAUGAAAAGAUCGGAAUGGUUAGAACAAGGUUGAAAGCAGCUCAAGAUCGGCAAAAAGCUUAUGCAGACAAGAGAAGGCGUCCUAUCGAAUUCCAAGUCGGAGAUUUUGUCUUGCUAAAAGUGUCCCCAUGGAAGGGUAUAAUCCGUUUUCGCAAACGGGGAAAGUUAGGUCCUCGUUACAUCGGGCCGUUUAAAAUCUUAGCUCGGGUUGGAAGGGUUGCGUAUCGACUAGAAUUACCGCCUGCUCUAGACGGGAUUCACAAUACCUUCCACGUGUCGCAAUUAAGAAAGUGUCUUGCGGAUGAGACAGCACUAGUACCACUCGAUGAUAUCGAGUUAGACGAAGGGUUGAAUUAUGUCGAAAAACCCAUAGCCAUUAAAGACGUCAAGGUGAAGAAACUCCGCAACAAAGCUGUUAAGCAAGUGUUAGUCCAAUGGCUUCACCGAAAAGGGUCGGAGCUUACGUGGGAAUCAGAAGACGAAAUGCGUAGACACUACCCUCACCUUUUCGGUACGUCAAUGUUUAAAUAG